GUCGGAGGAGGAGACGCAAGUUCUGGCGCGGGCGGCGACGGCUAGCAGUUAGCACCUCUAGCAAGUGCCAGAGCCCCGCAGGCAGCGCAGAGGCUGCGGUGCCAGUGGCCGCGGGGCUAGUCCUGCGGGGUCCCGGGGGGGAGGGGGAGCCGCAAAGCCCCCGCUGAGGCCGCCGCGGCCGGGCCUCCCCUCCCCCCCGGGCAGGCGCCAUGCGGGGGGGCGCAGGUGACGCGGAGCGGCAGCAGCGCUGGGGUCGUCUGUUCGAGGAGCUGGACAGUAACAAGGAUGGCCGCGUGGACGUACACGAGUUGCGCCAGGGACUGGCCAGGCUGGGCGGGGGCGAUCCAGACCGUGGCGCCCAACAGGGACUCUCCCCUGAGGGUGACACUGAUCCAGACAGCGGGCUCAACCUGGAGGAAUUCACCCGUUACCUGCAGGAGCGGGAACAGCGCCUGCUACUUAUGUUCCACAGCCUUGACCGGAACCAGGACGGUCACAUCGAUGUCUCUGAGAUUCAGCAGAGUUUCCGAGCUCUGGGCAUUUCCAUCUCACUGGAGCAGGCGGAAAAAAUUCUACACAGCAUGGACCGUGACGGCACGAUGACCAUUGACUGGCAGGAAUGGCGUGACCACUUCCUUUUGCAUUCCCUGGAAAAUGUGGAAGAUGUGCUGUAUUUCUGGAAGCAUUCCACGGUUCUGGACAUUGGUGAAUGCCUGACGGUACCAGAUGAGUUCUCAAAGCAGGAGAAGCUGACGGGCAUGUGGUGGAAGCAGCUGGUGGCUGGUGCAGUGGCAGGCGCUGUCUCACGGACAGGCACAGCUCCUUUGGACCGCCUCAAGGUCUUCAUGCAGGUCCACGCCUCAAAGACCAACAGACUCAACGUCCUUGGGGGGCUGCGAAGCAUGAUCCAGGAAGGGGGUGUCCUCUCCCUGUGGCGUGGCAAUGGCAUCAACGUGCUCAAGAUCGCCCCUGAGUCAGCUGUCAAGUUCAUGGCCUACGAGCAGAUCAAGCACGCCAUCCGAGGACAGCAGGAGACUCUGCAGGUGCAGGAGCGCUUUGUGGCUGGCUCCCUGGCCGGUGCCACAGCCCAAACCAUCAUCUACCCCAUGGAGGUGCUGAAGACGCGACUGACCCUGCGCCGGACUGGUCAGUACAAGGGGCUGCUGGACUGUGCGCUGCGGAUCCUGGAGCGAGAAGGGCCCCGCGCCUUCUACCGAGGCUACCUGCCCAACGUGCUGGGCAUCAUCCCUUAUGCGGGCAUCGAUCUGGCCGUCUAUGAGACCCUGAAGAACCGCUGGCUCCAGCAAUAUAGCCACGAAUCGGCAAACCCAGGGAUCCUCGUGCUCCUGGCCUGCGGUACCAUCUCCAGCACCUGUGGCCAGAUAGCCAGUUAUCCCCUGGCCCUGGUCCGGACCCGCAUGCAGGCCCAAGCCUCCACCGAGGGCUCCCCGCAGCUCUCCAUGAUGAGUCUGCUCCGUCACAUCCUGUCCCAGGAGGGAGUGUGGGGCCUCUACCGGGGCAUUGCCCCCAACUUCAUGAAGGUCAUUCCAGCUGUGAGCAUCUCCUAUGUGGUCUACGAGAACAUGAAGCAGGCCCUGGGGGUCACGUCCAGCUCCCUCAGGUACCAGAUCCAGUGCCCUCAUGUAGCACUGGAUCCUAGAUCCCCAACCCCACUGGCGAAUCACAGAUCGCCAUGCCUCAAGCCCUGUCUCCAAGCUCAGCCACUGGAUUCUGGAUGUCAAGAAACCUCAGCCACCGGAUCCUGACAGUGCAAUGCCUAGAUCCUGGGGCCCCCACCACUGGAUCCAGAUCCCCUCACCCCAACCACUGGAUUCCUGAAUUCCUUUACCUCGACACUGGGUCCCAGAUCCUUCUGCUUCGACUGCUGGAUCCCUACAUUUCAAGCACUAUGCCCUCUGCCCCCUACCACUGGAUCUUGGAUUCCCAAGCCCCAACCCACUGGAUUCUGGCUCCUAAAACCACAAAUGUGGGACCCAACAGCACAGCAAGUGGAUCCUGGCAGCUGUAGCUGCUGGAUUCCAGAUUCUAGAUCCCAAAUUCCCUUGCCCCAGUCACUGGAUACUGAAACAAACCCCAGUCCUUCCAGGCACUGAAUCCCAAGAUCUUGACCCCUGUACCUGGAAUGCUCAGACCCCCAGUCUAGAUCCCAGAAGGCCAAUCACAGCAUCCUGAUCCCACAUAUCCCCAUCCCAGAUAUAUACGGGAGCCUACCAUGACACAGGAUCACAGUCUAGGGAGCCCUGGGGAGGCCCAGGUCCCAGCUCCCUGGCUCCAGAAAACCCAGGGGAUCUGCCCCAUGUCUUCAUGUAGCUCAUGGCCAGGCAGCAAGAGAGGAGACGUGGCUCCCAGGACCACAUGGAUGCUUGACCCCCACCCCCUCCUCAGCAUGGCCUCACCUCCUGGCCCUGGGGGAUACUGCUCCCUCCGACCACCCCACCCCACCCCCUGCAGCAUCUUCCAUCCCCCACCCACCUGAUCAGCUCACAACCCCAGAGCCUAAGUCCCUCUGGAGGGUCCAGCCACUCGUUCUUAGGGGCUGGCAAAGAGGCAGUCUGAGGCCAGAGGCAUUCGGGGGAUCUCCCCACCCCAGCACUGCCAGCCCUUCUGGGGCUUCAAAGAUCUGCGAGCCAGGAACAAACCCUCAUCGACUAUCCUUCCCUAAACUCAAGCAUCUGAUUAUGCAAAAACAAACAAAAAAGCCAAAUCCCCAAACUCACUCCAGGUCUAUUUUUCUAUCAGAGAGAGGAGCAAAACCCCCACCCCCAAACCCAAGCCCCCAACUCCCCCCACCCCAGACCUUCUGCACUUUAUUGUUGGAUUCUGAGCUUAGGAUGAUGGGGCCCCUCUCUCCACUGCUACCCAGUUCAUGGGUUACCCCAUUAAGGGACUGUGAAAGAGGAACUAGGAUGUUGGGGGCUAGAGGACCCCUGGCUUCCACCUCCUCCACCAACACUAUGCCCCCUCCCUGCCUGUGUGUGUUAUUUCAAAGGAAAAGAACAAAAAGAAUAAAUUUUCUAAGCUCU